AAAUAAUUUAGAGGCGAGGUUUUAUUUGUGUCUUGACGUUUACCCCCUUUCAUUCGUGCGUUAUUUUCGUGAGGCUUCUGCACAGCAGAAACCUUUUAAUUAGAACGCUGAGAUUCAACGAAUUGGCCCGCGCCGUUUGGGUUUUUGUAGUCUGCGUCUCUCGGCCGUUCGGUUGAUAGCCGUUUUGUGAAAAACGGAGAUCUCUAGUGCACUUUGUAUUUAAGCGAGGGUUUUGUACUUUUGUGUUUCGCGGGAUGAAACCCUUGGUUUUCUUCUGCGGGAGAUGAACUCUCGCGUUACACGAGACAACAAUUUUGGGAGUCGGAGAGGCUUAGUUUUAGCUUCGGAUGGAGGGAGAAUUAUCCCAAAAAGUCAAAGUAGGAAGAAUGCAUACCUGUGGUGGAAGGAUUCACUGCAAACUACUGCCUUUCAUGGAAUCUUCCCAUGGAGUAUGAUGAAGGCGACUUUACUGACAAAGAUUGUCAACUAGCAGAGAAGGACGGUUUUCAGUCAAACACACAGGGCCAUCAGCAGGGGCUUCCACGAUUUGAUAUAGGUGAGCAUAUAGACGUGCAGUUGGGAUUUGAUAGUCUUGAGGAAAGUGUUCUACUUCAGGCUCAAAGCCAAAGGGAAGAAGCCUGGGGUUCACACUUUUCCAGGGAGGAGAAUGGUGUCCUUGGACUUGAGGCUGUUUCUCAGAAUAUAGAGUUCAGUUCAACAACAACAGAAACCUGCACCAUUUUAAGGCACAUUAAUGUUUGGUCCGAGGCUACAUCUACAGAGUCUGUUCAAAUGCUUUUGAAUUCUGUUGGAGAGGAGGAAGGAAAACUUGUCGAGGAAUCAAAGGCCCAAGAGUCAUUACCUUCAAACGUUGUGGCCGUUUUAGAUGCCCAGGCCGAAAAAUCAGCUGAUAUAGACCAGCGAGGUUUGAAAAGUUCAGCAAUGGAGGCUAGAUAUCACAAUCAAAAGAAUUCAACUUCUUCAGAACUUGCCUCAGAUAAUAUUCUAGAGCCAAGCCCUGCAUCCAGGCCUGAAGAUGAGGGAUAUAUUUCAAACAAAGAGGACACCUGUGAAAGAUUCCAGAUGUUGCAUACAGAAUGUGGACAGCAAAGAGCUAUAACAGCAUCUACACAACAAUUACAUGCCAAUUGUGAACAGACAGAAUUCCAGGUGACAUCAAGCCCAGUGUUGGCUGAAUGUAACGUAGAGAAGGCAGGAACGCAUGCAAUAGAGGUUACGAUGCAAGAUGAGCUACCAUCGGAGGACCAAGGACUGAUGUCAACUGUACCUGAUGAAACCAGAAACGACAGUACAAAGAAUAAUGCUACACUGGAGCAUACCGUGGAGGCCAAUCUGCAAGGAGGGACAAUAUUGUUGGUGGAACCUAAUGAAAGCAAUAACAUUCGAUGUUCUAUUCAGAAAUCACAAGAAUCUUUCAUAUCAUCAGAGGUUCAAGAAACCUCAAGUUCAUCUGAGAAACCAUUAUUGGAUAAAACUAUCAAGGGUCCUACAGAUAGUUUACAGGCCAAUGUUCCACUGGCAGCCCCAUUACAAGGAAUUGAAACAGCUAAUGAACAAGAUGGUGGGAAAAUGGAAGAAAGAAUAGAACAAAUGAAGGUUGACAGUACUCAGUACAAUACAGAGAAGCAUGUGGCAGGUGUUUCACUGGUAAGCCCAUUACAAGGAAUUGAAACAGCUAACGAACAGGAUGUUGUGGAUAUGCAAGAAACAAUAGUUCAAAUAGACCCAUUACAAGGAAUUGAAAAAGCUAAUGAACAGGAUGUUGUGGAUAUGCCAGCAACAGUAGAACAAGCAAAGGCUGACAGUACUCAGCACGAUACAGAGAAGCACAUGGCAGGUGUUUCACAUACGAAUGUUGUACUGGAGAAAGGUGAAAAUCAUGAUGGAGGGAAGCAUGUAAUUGAGGCCCCAAAUAAGGAUAUUUUACUGGCUUCCAAUAAUGAGAACUCCAAGUUUGAUGGUGAACAAGGAAAUGCUAGUGAGAAGUCAUUUGGAACUUCUAGUCUUUUGCAAGAGAAGGUUAUUGAUAAAGAUACUGUGGUGAAGGAUGAUGUAUUGGCCACAAGGCAAAUUAUGCCGGGUUUUUUUGAAGGUGAUAGCAAGCCAGAGGAACAUGCUCACGAUAAAUCAUCUCAUGAGCCAUCUUUUCAGAAAAGUGAAGAAAUAUCAGAUCCAAUGGAAGUCGAAAGCAUGCAUGAUCAAACACAGAAGUAUGUUUUAGGUUUUACCCCAGAGAAUACUGUAUUAGUAGAAGUACAAAGAAAUCAAGGUAUGUUAUUGCAGAAUGAUAAUGAGGAUGGUGGAGGGAAACAUGCGACUGAGGUUUCAAUUAAGCAUGAAGGUGAGCAAGGGAUUGCAGGUAGUGAUGAUUCAAUGGAAACACCUACAGGUAAUUCUCUGAAAACUGGGGAAACUGUAAUCACUCCACCUAAAGGGGAUAACCAUAAGGAGUCAAGACUAGUCAUCAGAAGCCUUGUUGCAAACUCUGUUUCAUCCCAGGAUGAUCAAAAUCAGAAGGUUUUAUCAACUCCUGCAGAGGAACUCUUGGAUGAUGGCACAGGUAGCUCUGCUGGAGAUGCAGCAGAGAAAUGCUUGUUGGAGGACAAAAAAUCUAUUAAUAUGCAUGAAUCUGGAAAUCAAGAGUCCAAGACUCCUGAACAAUGUCAUAUCUCUUCUUCUGAUAUUGGUAAGAACCAUGAAAAUGAAUGCAAGAGUAAAUCAGUAGAAUCCAUUAUAAUGGUUAGGGAAAAUGAAGCCAUGGACGAGGUUAUUGAUUUCUCUAAAAGAAAAAUUAUAGCUCCUGUUUUCCAUAGUGAUAUUGAGAGAGAUAAGCCGAUUGCUGGAGCUGUCUCUGUUCAAGUGCCUAAAAUAUUAACAUUGCCAACAGAGCAAGCCACAACUGGCAAAUGUAAGAAACCAUCACAAACACCUGAUAUGGAUUCUAAAGUAGAGGAUGAUCCUAUAGAGGAAGCUGAUCAAAAGGAGGAGUUUGAAAAGGGGGUUAAAGAAGUCAACAUGUUACAUGGUUUCAAAGCACAAGUUGAUCAAAACACAGAGAUGGUAUUAGAAGCCAACUGCUGUGCAUCUCAGAAUGACACUGUGAAGGAAUGUGAUGUCAAUUCUCUUGAGGCUGGUCAAAACCAAGAAAAUGAAAAGAAAAAUACGUCAACAGAAUCUGUAGUAUCAACUAUGGAAACUGAUUCCACUGGGGGGAAAGAGAUGACACUAAUUUCACUUACAGAUGUUGAAACAGUUAAACAUAAUUCUGAAGCUGUGCUUGUUCAAGAUACUAAAGAAACUAUAUUGCCUGCAGGGCAAGUUAUGAGUGACAUAAUUCAGGAGCCAGUACAGAUGACUGAUGCUUGCCAUUCACCAGUGGGUGUUAAAGAAGUUAACACAACACAUGAUUCAAAAGCUCAAGAGGACAGAGGCAAAGAGGCGUUAUUUUCUGAUAACCAGCAAAGCAUGCCCGCUGUGGCUUGCUCAGGUGAUAGCAGUCAUCAAACUCAUAAAGUUUCUCCAUCAGACAUUUCUGAAAGGGAAGAUCUUGAGAAAGCAGAGAAAGAUGAACAGCAUGUUCAAACAACUGGUUUUCCUUUGAAAGAAGCAGAGGAGUUUGAAAAAGAUAAGGAUGAGGCUAUGGAAGUCAGUUUAGAAGUUGGGAUUUCACUGGAACCAGAUAAUGAAUCUCCUGCAAGAGAGGAAGAUAGGAAAACUUCUGUAGACAAUAUUGACUUAGCUUCUUCAGGCAAAUGGUCUGUUAAUUCGAAGGUUGGAGGCAAUAAGGUGGAUAGGCUUGAGACUGCAGGUGAAGAUCCAGAAGGAUUGGCUGUAUAUAAGACAGAUGAUGCAUUCAAAUUUGAUGUUGGAAGAAAGGAUGCUACAUCUGGAGGGGAAAUUGUUUCUCCAGCUGAUUUUGGUACCUCUGAUAAGGUGCACAAGAAUGCUGAAUGCCAGAAAACUUUUCAAGCUACUCAAUCCAUAGAAGUGAGAAAGGACAAUGCAUCUGCUGUGUGUCAAUCUGAAGAAGUUCAAGCUGAAGCACGUCAGGAGAAUGCAAAUGAUAAUGUUAGGAGGAAUAUUACAAUCACUGUUACAGAUUCAGUUGUUGAGGAAGGCCAAGUUAAGGCUAAACAUUUGCAGAGUGACAAUAAAAUAGGUGAAGAAAAUGGCACUAAGGAGUUAGAGAAGACGUCUACGAUUCAUUACCAGAAAGCUGUGGAUGUUCAAGUUCCAAGCACAUCCAUUGCCAACAGCACACAAUCUACAUCUUCUAGUGCUAUGCAGACAUCAACUUUGCCAGAUUUGAAUGCAACAGUAGCACCAACAUCGGUGUUGUUUCAACAACCAUUCACAGAUUCGCAGCAAGUUCAAUUACGUGCGCAGAUUCUUGUAUAUGGAUCUCUCAUCCAAGGUGCACUACCAGAAGAGGCACUGAUGCUAACAGCUUUUGCUGAUAUUGGAGGAGCAUCUCAGAAUGAUGCUCCUCUAUCAGAUGGUGGUAGGAGUUUGUGGGAGAAUGCUUGGCACAGUGCUGCAGAUCGCAUUCAUCGGAAAACAUUAUCUCAUACAUCAGAGGCACCUAUUAAUGCUUCAGGAUCAGGCACACCAGCAACAGUAUCUAGCAAAAUUCUAGAAGGCAUGAAGACUCCUUCCAUAGUAAAUGUCACCGAUUCAAGGAACUCUCAUGUUCAGGGAUUAAGAUCAGCAGACUUGGCAGCUUCCAGAAGCCAUUCAGUGCAGACUAGAGUGACAGGGACCCCUAACAUAGGUAGGGCUGGGAGCAAGAAUGUACCCUCAGGAAUUAUGAGUCCACCUAGGCCUGUUACCUUGCCCUCAUCUGUGUGGGGUAUGUCAAGUCCAGUAAAUGAAGGGAUCAACAUUCCAAGGAGCAUGCAUGUUGAUCCUCACCAAAUGGCUGUAGCAAGGCAUCUCUAUCAAUCCCCACAGCUUGGACACUUCCCACCACCUGGAAAUACUAAUCCUUGGCUUUCUCCUCUGCACUUCCCUGGGCCAUGGUUGACCCCUCCUCAAGGGACACUGCCAGAGCCUGGCUUACCAUUUUCUAGCUUUUUGGUGCCAGAAGUAGCUCAAGAAACACUUAAUAAUAGGAGAACUCCAGCAUCAUCAUCUGCAACGCAUCCAUCAAUGACACAUGCAAUUCCACAUUUCCCAACCAUGGCUGUGGCUUCUACAGGUCAUGUUACCAAUGUGAAUAUGGAUACUUCAAAGGGGAUUGUGGGAAGUGGCAAACAGCCAAGUAGUGAACAAAAAUCGAGAAAGAGAAAGAAGAAGAGUGUGUCAGAGGAAAUUGCCCCAUCAGGUGGUUUGACCCCAUCUGGGCCAAAAGUGAAAUCUAUGACUGGUGUUUCUAAGCAUGCUCCUGGCUCUACUCCAGUAUCCUCCCAGGCCCCAUCAAUGGCAGUCACAACUAGUUCAAAUGCUCUCUAUGCACCAAGCACAAAUGUGCCGCCCGUUUCAAAUUAUCAGAUAAUAGCUAGAGGAGAAACGGGACAGAGAGUUAUAUUUUCAGAAGAAACAGCCAGUCGUAUAGAGCAGGCCAGAUUGAAUGCUGAAGAAGCUGCUUCUAGUGCAGCUUCUGCAGUUAGGCACAGCCAAGGCAUUUGGAGUCAGCUAGCUGUGCAAAAAAGUUCUGGAUUGGUAUCUGAGUGUGAAGCUAAGCUUGCAUCAGCAGCUGUGGCAGCAGCAGCAGCAGCAUCAGUUGCUAAAGCAGCAGCAGCAGCAGCAAAGGUUGCAUCUGAUGCUGCUGUACAAGCAAAACUUAUGGCAACUGAGGCACUUAAUUCUGAUGGCAAGACAGAUUCUGGCCAUUCCGCUGAAGCUAGAUUGCUUGAAGGGAGCCAGGGCCACUCUCGUUCAAUAAUUUCAGCUGCCAGGGAGACUGCCAAGAAGAGGGUUGAAGCUGCUUCAGCUGCUACAAAGCGUGCAGAAAAUCUCGAUGCAGUUGUACGAGCAGCUGAAUUGGCUGCACAAGCUGUGACACAAGCAGGAGCUGUUGUGGCAAUGGGUGAUCCUGUUCCAUUAUCUCUGAAUGCUUUAUUGGAAGCUGGCCCAGAGACUUAUUGGAAGCUUGUGACAGAACAGGCAGGUACUAAAAAAGAUGAUAAUGUUCAUAGUGAAACACCACCUCUUGAAGUUGUCAUGUCUGUUGAAAAAAAUAAUAAACAAUCAAAGUCAAAGAACAAGAGAGAUGCGCUUAAGAGUGAAACUGCAAGGAAUUCGGAAGGUGUCAAAAGUUCUUCAGCAGAUAUGUUAAAGCUGGUGGAGAAGGGUUGCAGACUGAUACCGACUGCCCCCCUUGAUAAUAUUUCAAUUGAAAAGGACACUGUAGGUCGAAAGGAGAAUCAGUUAAUGGGUACAACUCAGUCUUCUGUACUUAUUUCAGAUGCAGAGGGUGUUUCAAGAGAGGCAACAUCCGCUCCUGAAGCUGAGCAUAUUACCGAGACUUAUAAAAAAGCACUGGCUCUAAAAGCUAACGAAAUAAAGGAGGGUUCAUUUGUGGAGGUUGUCUCUGAUGAAGAGGGUCUCCGUGGAGUUUGGUUUGCAGCUAAAGUACUCAGCUUGAAGGAUGGGAAAGCUUUAGUCCUCUAUGAUGAGCUACUUUCAGAUGAGGGCCCUGGUCAGCUUCGAGAGUGGAUACCCCUUGAGGGAGAAAAUGGGAAACCACCUAGGAUUCGAAUGGCUCAUCCAAUGACUGUAAUGAAGUUUGAAGGCACAAGAAAACGACGCAGAGCAGCAAUGGGUAGCUAUGUUUGGUCUGUUGGAGAUCAUGUUGAUGCAUGGAUUCGUGAUGGGUGGUGGGAAGGCAUAAUUACAGAGAAAAAGGAUGAUGAUGAAAGCAAACUUACUGUACAUUUCCCAGGGGAAGGUGAUACAUCAAUAAUCAAAGUUUACAACCUCAGACCAUCAUUGGUUUGGGAGGAUGGUCAGUGGGUUGAGUGGACAUGUUUGAAGGCAGGGAAGGAGGGGGCACAUGAGGACGGACUUCCCUCUGAAAAACGACACAAGGUGGAUAAGCAAGACAAUGAUGGACAGACAAAAGGUAAAGACAAGUUGCAAAAGAUUCCUAAUUUGGAGGAAGCUAAGAAAAUGCAAGAGUUGAAUGCACUGAUGGCAUCUGGAAAAGACAAGUCUCUUACAAAUGUGAAGAACUCAUCUUUUGAUGGAAGUUUAGCAGGAAUCAGAGUGAAUCAAUUAGGGCUCCAAAAGGAAGGAUCCAAGGUAAUUUUUGGAGUCCCAAAGCCAACAAAGAAAAGAAAGUUCAUGGAUGUAAGCAAGCACUAUGUCGCUGACAAGAUGACAAGGAACUCCCCUGAUAUGAAAUAUUCAAGCAAGUUUGACAAGCAGAAGUUGCCUAUAUCUCAUAGUCAUAUAGGAUUUAAAGCUGCCAACAAGGUAGAUGAUAAAAAGUUGAAGAGGCCUGUGAUCUCUAAACCCAAGGAUUUUAAGUUUGGUAGAGGUCAUGAUGGACAAAGUAGGACAAAGUCAGAAAAGGAUAAUAAUUCUGCUGUCAAUCCUACAGUUACAAAGGAGACCCUGGGUCAGGAACUGGGUCAAUCUGCUGUACCUGCCACUGGCAUUGAUGGGAGUAAGGGAGGAAGACGGGUUGGACUUGGAGGAAGUACUCCUAGCACGAAGUCAGGUGAAGCCUCAAAUUCAUUUGUUUCAAAAGAACCUGUGACAUUUAGGCCUUCACCUUCUAACGGAGUGAAUGCUCCCUCUGCAACAGAUUCAGAGCAGGGAUCGAAGGGAAAACUGUCAUCUGCUUCAGAUAAUUCGUCUCUUAAUAUAGAAAAGGCUGCUUUGCGGCAGGAGAUAUCAAAAGACAAAAUUUCAGAAAAGUUAGCAAUAGAUACAAUGGAACCACGCAGAUCAAAUAGGAGAAUUCAACCAACAUCUAGGUUGCUGGAAGGAUUACAGACAUCACCAAUCAGUCUGAAGAGUUCCCACAUGGGCUUUUCUCACGAAAAGGGAGGGAAAGCUCAGUCAAAGAUUUCUAGUUCAAUACCAAAAGGGAAUAUAAAUGGUUGAUGGUGGGAGAAGUCUAUGGAUCUCACUCCACCACACGUACAUCUACUUACGCAGGCAGGCUUGUUUUCAAGAAAGUGAUGCUGCAGUGUAUGUUUAAGGAGGUGUUAAACAGUUAGUUUUUGACAUCGACAAGUAUCAAUCUGCAAGCAUUGUUCUCUAUCACAGUUGUAACAUAAAAGAUUGCAUAAUUCUUAGUUCUCUUUCUCCACCUGUGUCAAAGAUUUGGAAAUGCCGAAGGGGAUGAAUUUCUGUUUUUAACACUCAAUUUACUUGAUAUUUUCGUGCAUCUCUUCAUUCACGGGGUUUGUGGGCUUGGGGCUUAUGUAUGGCAUUGCCCUCUGGUUAUAGUGUAGCCUAGCAAAAUUUGAGGACAUAUAUGCCACUUUUUGCUAAUUGGAUGGCUAUUAGUGCACAUUUUCAUCCCCUCUAAGGAUUCCUUAGAAGCCUAAUGUAAAAAAUGAAUAGACGUGUCUAAUUUUAUGGUGCUCCUGAGAAUUGAUAUAGCUACUCUUUUUCCUUGCGAGGCUUUAAGAGGAUUUAGAACUAGGUUAUGGUUAUAUUUAAACAUAGUCAGUUGGCAACACCAAAGCUGCGAUCUGAAAAGAUCUCAUUGUAUCUUUUCCAAUGAAUGUAAUAUUGUAAAGUGCAUUUAUCCAGGUUCAUAAAAUCCUUUCUAGUUGAUUA